CUUGAGCUGGUGAGCUUCUCUUUAUUCCAUCUAGUAAAGCGCAACCUCGAACGACAGUCCUCAACGAUACGACGCCACUUUAUAUCAGCUGCUAACUGUACCCACUCCUCGAUCUGUCGGCCUCAGUUACAGUCAUCGCCCUCGUCUCCAUGCACUUUCUUCCACAAAGUCGAGUAGAGUCAAGGUCCAAGACAAAGCUAGGAACAAAGAAAGGCACAAGCAGAAAUGUAGGAGAAAGGCCGGGCUGAAGUUGCUGCUUGACAGCUGUUCUCUACCCAUUCGCUGAGAGCAUACAACCGCUACAUUCUCGUACUCCUGCAGUGAAGAGCCCAAGGCAGUUUUUCCCCAAUCAAUCACAAAAUGCCGCACCAGGCAGUGUUCUUCACGCCUAGUGAUUGGAAGGUGGGAUUCUUUCGUCAGUGAUGCCAAGGCGGCUUUGUAUCACCAUCCGCCAUCAGUUGCUUUGUUGACCUUCUAGUUAGUUUGCCUGGGAUUUGCCAUCUUGAUCUACGCAACCAAGUUUGUCUUGGGCGCCGAUUAUCUUGUUAUCAACUUUUCAGACCACAGCAAAGAUCUUUCUUGUCUUCUUUCACCAAUCAUGGCGUCCAACUCGCCCUCUUCAAAGAAUACGCUGCCACAAGCUAGCAAUCACCAAAAGCCUCAUCAGGGUGACUGCGUAGUUGGCUUUGUCAAGGUCUCUACAAAUGAUUCACAGUUCGCUCAAGAAAUGUGGAUGUCCCCUUACAUUCCACACGGGCAGACCUUCCCAGACUUCUACAAAAUCAAGCCGAAGCCAAAUCCGAAGGCGCUCGAAGCAGGACCAGUCAUGUCUACCUACUUCGGCGGUCCGAUCUAUGACGAAACGACUAAGAGUUGGCUGAAAACAUACCUUGUUCAGGAGGGUGGUAAACUUUUGGUCGAGAGUCCAACCGAGUACCCAGUAGCGCAGCUUGCAGGGCGAGACAAACACAAGUCAAAACAGGCGAGAAUGGCUUUGGAGUCUAUCACUCAAGCGGCAGGAAAGCUGUGGGUUCCGAUCUGCACCUGCCGAAGCCAGCCUUCCGAACAGCUGUCCGCCCACAAAUCUUGCAAUCACAGUCUGAUCACAAUGUCAGGCUUCUGGUUGCAAGGCGACAAGUUCGUUACCGCUGCACACUUCUUGGAUAUUCAAGAAGGCGUUCAAGAUCAUCAGAAAUCCGACACAAUCACAUACCUCAAGUGCCUCAAACAUCUCGACAUCGACGACUCAGCCAAUGGGUUACGAGCGCGCGUGUCGUCGGAAGUCUGGGCGGCCCGGGAGCAAGACUAUGACAACGGAGAUGAUAUGCGCGUCUUUCAUGUCUAUCUUCACAGUCUGAAUUCUGAAGCAGAUAUCGCUAUCUUUCGGAUUCUGCCGGGUGAGAAGCAUCGGCCACAACACGCAAUCAGAGAAGAUCAGCUCUCUACUUCCGCGGCGAUGAACCCUCAUACCUUACACAACGCUUUGUUUUCUGUCUUCUAUGCUGGCAACGAUCGCCCGAUUGCUGAGUACAGAACCUCUGACCCUCUAAAGGAGGCUAAGGCCUGGACCUCGGGCUGUGAGAAGGUCUUCGAGUUCCUGGCUCGAGACAGUGCAAAACAACAGAAACUCAGCAACCGAGACACUAUGCACGUGCCGGUAGGUAUUCCGUGUCUUCAAAGCCUGCAACGACUGACACGGCUGGUAGACCUUCGAAGAAGUGUUCCUGCCUGACAAGCGCGCAGCUGCCAUAGGUCAACUUGUGUGUCCGGAAACGGCCGAGAUUGCCAAUGAGCGAACCAUAACCAUCACCAGAGAACAUACCAUCGUUGGGUAUUACGGUUGUUCUGGAGCUAUGGUUGGCACAUUUCAGGAAGCCAUCCGCAAUGAACCAGGGACAGCGCAAGCCUCUCUAGAAGUGAAAAUCAUCGGUAUCUUCGACGGUGAGCAGGGUGUCAACAAUGCUUUGAAAGCAUUCGCUCCUGGAGCAAUUGAGUUCAUGAGGGGUGAAUGAAGCGAAGUUGCUAGGUGCUCCCAAUCGAAUGACCUAUGUGGGACUGGAAAGACAUGGGCAGGAAACGUCUGAUGUACCUGUUGACGUGCCUAGAGCAACUCAUGGGGAAAUCUUUGGGAUCUGGGCUCAUUAGGCAUACCUUGGUAUGCUGGAAAGUCCAUAUAUGCACAAACGGUUAGUGACUACAACAUUCUCGGACUCGUCGGGCACAAAGACCAUGCCACCAGCCAUAGAUUCCCUUCAUGCAAUGAUAAUGCAGACUCUGCAAUCCCAC